AUGUUCACGCGAUUUGUUAUUAGAUCGUUUUUAAUCGUGUUUUUUACGAUUGACUUGAUCAUUUCAUUACCAAUUGGUCCACCAAUAAGAAAUUUUGAUAAUAGACGAAGAGAUGAUUUGACGGGUGGUUUUGCCGAGUCACCGAAAGUUAUAGAAAUUCAAUUGCCAGUUAAAAUUGCUACGAAGGAUGAUCUGAUAGCUUGGGCUAAAUAUGUGAUGAGUUUGAUGGCAUCAAGGAUUAACAUAACUUUGUCAUCGGUCAAGGAAGAAUUGUCGAAGGUUGAACAGAAUCGUUUGAAAAAUUCUUUGAAAGUUCAAACACCUAGUCAAACAUCAUCAAGAUUUAAUAAUGAGAUUAAAACCAAAGGAUCUUCACAAUUUCCAACGACACGAAUCAAUGCCAAACAAGAAAGUAAUCUUUUCUUACCACAAUAUCCAAAUUUUGGUACGAAAAAUACAUUUGAUUUGAAUGACGAAGAAAUCAUACGUAACACAAAUAACGUUGUAAUACCACCUGCUGGAACAUAUCUUCCUGUACCAAUAAGUAAUCCUGGAAUAUCAGGAUACAGACAAGAAGAACCUAUAAGUAAAUUAUUCUUCGAUGAUUUUGAUAAAAACUUUACGAAUAAUUUUGAUAUCAGAACGUUCAACAACAACGAUGAUUUAAUAAAAAACGUUAAUAAUAAGUUUAUCAAUAAUCCUUUGGAAUUAUCAGCACCUAUUAGACAAAAUAAUUUGACAAAUAUUCAAAGAAAUAUAAGUGGUGGUCCUAUUAUACCAUUGAUAAGCGUACCAUUCGAAGCAGUGAUCACCAUAACGAGAGAAGAACAAUCAACCGAAUCUACAAUUCCACCAAAUAAAACAAAAAAUCUUUUGGUUAUACCGAAAAGAGAACCACCUGAUGAAUUUCCUCCUUAUUUCGAAAGAAAUUACACGCUUAUCGAUCAGGAUGGUCAAAUAAACGUGAUUUUUGAUGAUUUUAUAACUGAGGAUAAUAAAAAUACUUCAUCGAAGAAAAAUGUUAGACAAGAAAUGGACAAAAAUAAAAAGGACGAUAGAAGAAGACCGUCUAACACGGUUGGUGAACUUUUACAAUUGUUAGGAGUUUUAAGAAGAAAUUCGCAAAAUGAGACCAACGUUAAAACAACUUCGCCAAUUUUGAAGAUUAUUAAAGGUAUGACGUCACAGAAGGUACAAACUGCUCCAGCAUAUAACGAGUCAACAUUAUUGACAAGUAAAGAAGAAUUCAACGAAACUAAUUCUGAUUCACCGGAACUCGAACAACAGUAUGAUGACGACGAUGAUCGAAUGGGUGGAUCGUUACAAGCGAUACUUGAUUUAUUACCAUUAGCCGUACCAAUUUUAGAAGAUUUAAGUGACCCUAACUCGGACACAGAUUUGGCUGAGGUUUUACAAGCUGCUAUACCAUUGGUUCAAGGAUUAUCUGAAGGCGGUGGUGAGGAUGCUGUUGAUAUACCAGGAGCCCUAGUACCCAUUUUAUUAAGUCUCAGUGGAGUAAAUGGUAAAGGAAGUGACGUAGCAGCUAUCGCUGGACCACUUAUUCAAUUGAUAGCACCAUUGAUAGGACCUUUGAUUGGUCCUUUAAUUGGUCCUUUGAGUCGUUCCAGUAAUCCACCUUACGGACAGGGUGGUUCAUCUUUAUCGGCAUUGGUAAAAUCCGUGGCAGGUCCAUUAAGUACGCCAACUGGACCAGGAAAAAUGUCACCUCUAUCAAAUUUAAUAGCCGGGAUCAUUGCUAGUCUGAGCAAAGAAAUUUCAGUUCCUGGUAAAGGUGGUUACGGCCCUGGGGGAGGAGGAGGAUUAGAUUUGUCAACAUUGAUUAGUACAGUUGUCUCAGGUGUGCUAGCAGGUACUAGUGCUGGACUUAGUGGAUCAUCCAAAGGUAGUGGUUACAAAGAUUCUGCAUAUUCACCUACAAGCUAUGGCGAUUAUGGUGGUUAUGGUGGAUACGGUGCUUAUGGUCCUGCGCCAGCAAACGCAGUGAAUCCAGUUAAUUUGUUGAGUAAUUCAAUCAAAGGGAUUAUAAAUGGUGCACUACAAUUAGUUGGAUCAUUAUUAAAAGCAGUGACAGGUGUAUUAGGUGCUUCAUCACAAGAACCAGCACCACCUGCUUAUGGACCACCACCAGGUUAUGGGCCAUCUACUACAAGGGCUCCUGCUUACGCUUACAACUCGUAUGUAAAUGCACCAACCGGACAAACGCCACCUCCACCACCAAGGCAAACCAGUGUGAAGAAACGUAUUAUUUAAUCUUACUUAUAUAAAUAAUUAUUAUUCAUCUACUUU